GGAUAAACCCAAAGAAAAAAAAACAGUUUGAAGUGCAAUUAUUAGUUUGCAUGUGGAAAGAGAUAUGAACCAUCAAAGCACCUCCCGCGUUGAUCGAAGCCUUCCAAAAAUGCAGCCAAAAAGAACCACGAAAAGAGUUUGCAAUUUCCAACCGUCUCUUUCGCAGGCUGAAACGUGAAAAAUCCACACGACAAACAUCAAAGCACAAUUGUAACUCCGUCCCGGUGCAUAUAUUUAUAGAAACCACUAAUUAGGAGAUCCCUCGUUUUAACUUUCACCGUCAUCUCAUUCUCUAAAAUUUUCGGUAUCAAUCAAUCAAAAUAAUAAUGAGCCAGGGACAGCCACUCAAGCCUCAUAUCGACAAAUACUUCGACCUGGAACCCAUCACUAUCGGAGAAGUUCUAGAGACAGCAGCCGUAUCGGUCGGCGAUAGACCCAUUGAAUCAAGCGAUGCAGAUGCAAUACCAGCCGCAGAAAAGAGAGCCUCGUGCGGUGACGAAGGGGAAAGCGGUGGGUUAGGAGACACUGCACAAGCUGCGGCCAGUUUCAAUGCCACUGCUGCCCAAAACGUCCAUAAGAUUAACAUUUCUGAUGUAUUAAAGAAUGCUGCUUCCAAGUUGCCUCAUGAUAAAGCUGUGACAUGUGAAGAUGCUGAAGCCGUGAAAGGUGCAGAGCUGAGAGGCAGACUAGAAACCGUUGUCAGGCCCGGUGGAGUAGCGGAUACGAUGUCAAAAGCCGCUAGGGUGAACCUGCAGGAUUAGGAUGACACCGCAUGAAGCCUGCAUAUAAGUGUGCUUUUAUUGUAGCUUUGUUACAGGUUUUGUCUUGCAACAAGUGAAGGAGUCGGUUAUGGAGAUGUAGUACCUUAGCGGGGUUCCAAAGUGGUAACUAAUUUCCUUGGAACGUUAAGAUAUUUCAAGUUUCAAGUUCUGUUAUUGGUGUGGAUUACUUCAAUGUUAUGGUUUGAGCAUUGUUUAAUUUCUUUCUAUUUUCAUGUGUUUGAAUAAAAUUUUAAUAAAUCUUGUUAAUAGUAUUAUAAAUCAAUGUAAAGGCCCAAAGGGCUUUCCUCUUUAA